AUGUCGGUUAACUACGAUGCAACGACGCUCGAGCGUUACUUGGAUGAUGAUUUAGCGUUAAUUCGAAAUGCAGAUGUGUGGAGAGAAUACAAACGUGGUACACAACAUAAAGAUGAUAUUUGUUAUAUUUAUAAAGCACCAAACGAUUCUAUCUGGUGGAUUAAAUUGGUUGCUCAUGUGGAUAAUAGCUCGUUAGGGAAUAUUGAUGAUUUACUUGAUGCUAAUCUCAAACAACGUCAUCCCGAAUGGCAUGAGCUUUAUAUCGAUGGUCGAAUCAUUCGAAAGAAUGACGAUCGAAGUGAAUUUUGUUAUUUUCAAUAUGCAUCACCAUCGAUGUUUAUUGCUCCUCGUGAUACGUGUUAUAUCAAAGUACGCCGUGACCUUCCCAAUGGUUUCAUUCUUAGUUACCGAUCAGUAGAUCUACCAGAAGCACGAGAUUCCACUGGUAAAUUCGUUCGAACUCAUUUCAAAGGUGCACAUUUGAUCGAACGAGCUGAGCAGGACAAUGGUUUUACUUACACAUAUUUACAAUAUGCGGAUCCCGGUGGUCAAAUUCCAAAAAUGCUCGCUAAUCGACCACAAUGCAAUAUUAUUCUGCGAGAAAUCGAAGGGAUUCGACGAGCGAUGAAAAAUUCAGUCAACUCGUCGAAAUCAAACUUUCCAUAA